AUGUGGACGUCGCUUUUGGUGUCCAAACCAACCAAGAAAUAUGGCAAAAAAUUCAAAGGACGCGACCUCGUAGAUAUAGAACGAAGCAACUUGGUAAAUAUAAGCAAAUUAGUAGUCAAGGAACUGAUUGAACAGUCCCUACGAUAUGGCAGAAUGCUCGAUUCAGAUCAUAUGCCUCUACAACACUUUUUUGUUGUUUUGGAACAUUUGCUUCGGCAUGGAUUGAGGCCAAAGAAGGGUUUACUAGGACCCAAAAAAGAGUUGUGGGAUAUACUACAAAUGGUGAAAAAAUAUGCGCCAAAGGCACAAGAUAUCACUGCAAGUGUUAGAAAUCUUCCAACUGUUAGAACGCACAUGGGACGUGCUAGAACCUGGUUAAGGCUAGCAUUGAUGCAGAAAAAAAUUGGCAGAUUAUCUAAAAGUUCUGAGAGAUCACAAAGAUAA